AUGUCUUCUAAACCACGAAGCAUCUUGAUCACAGGCUGUUCAGAAGGAGGAUUGGGCGAUGCCCUCGCCCAGGCAUUCCAUGAACGGGGCCAACGCGUCAUUGCAACCGCGCGGAAUCCAGCCAAGCUCGCUCACUUCAAAGACUUGGGCAUCGAGACGCUAACUCUCGAUGUCCUCUCGGCAGAGUCGAUCUCAGCCUGCGUGGCAGCCGUCUCAGAAAAGACAGGUGGCUCCCUGGAUAUGCUCAUCAACAACUCCGGAGGCGGCUACACAGUUGCCAUCCUCGAUGCCGGCUUAGAUGCCUCACGCAAGCUGUUCGAUCUCAACGUGUUUUCCAUCAUCGCCGUCGUGCAAGCGUUUACGCCCUUGCUCCUCAAGUCCACGCGCAAGCCUCUCAUUUGCAACAACACAUCCGGUUCCUCGGUGGUCACAACACCCCUCGCAGCGGUCUACGCCGCCAGCAAGGCCGCCGCCGCAAUGCUGACUGACGGAUUGCGUCUCGAGCUCGAACCGUUCGGUAUCAGAGUCGUCGACCUCAAGACCGGCGGCGUGAAAAGCAAGUUCUACGACAACCAGCAGGGCGGUGCGAGGCCGACCUUGCCCGAAGGGAGCCUCUACCGGAUAGCAAAGGAGGAAGUCGAGUCAGUCUUAGCCGGCGAGAAUUUUGAGGAGGGCAAACCCGAGAGAGAACCCUGGGCGCGGCGCGUGGCAGGCGAUCUUCUCAAGAGCUCUCCGCCAGUGCAGAUAUGGAGAGGAGCUGGCAUUGUAUCCGCUUACCUCACUACCAUGGUGCCGUGGUCGUGGUAUGUAGGCACUUUGUUGAAGAUGGGAGCUAUGGACGUCGUCAAGAAGAAGUGGAACAGCAGGGCGAAGAGCAACUGA